GUGACACUGACAGCUGAAGAAAAAACACGAUCGAACUGCUAUCGAGACGAGGGAGUGGGGAAACCUCCUUUUCAGGCAAGGUAGAUGUUUUGCAAGGACGUAUCUGCUUGAUUGGGGGAAUUGACAUGUAACCAGGGAACAUCAAUGCAUGAUCUGCUUCCGUUUCAGCAAGUGUAAGCCACUGCAGAAACUUCCUCGACAAACAGGCGCACAGUCGUUGAAGGACAUCGCAGUGUACAACCAACGGGGCCUUCUUUGAUUGUCUUUUUCUGCUAUCUGGAAAGUCAAAAAGACGAAAAGAGAAAAACCCAAGAACAACCAACCAUGGAGUAUACGAGACCACAAAGACAGAUGUACGCUCUCCUUUUGGUUUGCGUCGUGGGUUUAAGUUUUGUCGGAGAGGCGGAGGGGAACAUAAAAGCCAGCAACGGUUCGAUAACGUGGAGCGAUUUGCCGCCCGACCCGCAAUACAACACAACAACGGACAAGCCCGAUCUCACCUUUGACAUAGUAUUCACUGUGGCGUCGGAAUUUAUCCACGCGGUGGCUCCAAAUGAAUUUCCUUGGGAGCUUUUGAGAGGGAUUAUCAAUGGCACAGUAAAUCCCCUACAAGACUACAAGGAUUUUGUGAGUUAUUCAGCGGGCUUCAUCGCCUGCUUUUCGUUGGCUCUGCUGUUCGUGGUGGCCAUGCCCAUCACCGGUCUCAUCUUCUGCUGCUGUCGCUGCUGCGAGAACUGCGGCGGGAAGAUGCUGCAGCGGGACAAGUACAACACGACGUGCCGACGCGUCAGCUUCGGGAUCCUGUUGCUGUUCAUCACGGCACUAAUGACAUUGGGUCUUGCCGGAGUUGUAAUGGCCAAUUCCCAGAUGUCGACGUCAGUGAACGACAUCAAAGGCACGAUAGACACCAACCUGGACGACCUGGGUGCUUACAUCAAGCAUACUUUUCAGGAGUUUGAUUUCUUGGCGUUCCGGCAGUUUGGCUUCGUGUCCAGUCUGAUUUGGAAAGACCUCUUUAAUGUUGAUAAGCUGAUAGGCAAACCUGUACGGGACAACUUUGCAAGGAAGGUCGACCCGGCCUUAGGAUCCGUGUACCGGCUUGGGAGAGAGUCAAUAGGCCUUCAGGCUAAUUUGAUAGCCGUCAACCAGUCGGUCAACCAACUCAAAGAGAACGGCUCCAGACUGCAGGAGGCCCUGGACCUGGCCAGGAACGACAUCAACGCCACGCUGCAGUCCAUCCAGUGCGUGCCGGGGCCCGGGCAAGUCUGCCCGAAGGAUGAGAUAGAUCUGAAUCGUGUCAAUACAGCGGCAGAUUUCAAAAUUAUUGACAUUGCGGCCGAGUUGAACCGAGUCAACGAUGCCCUGAAGAUCAACAUCACAGACAAGGCUGAUCAGGGCCAGCAAGAACUGGACGACAUCCCUAACAAAGUCAAGAACGAAAGCCAGGAUGUCAUUGACCAAUUCAUGGAUGAACUUGAAAAGUUGCAGGAGAGUGUUCAGCAGGAGGUUGACGAUAUCACCUUUGAGCUCUCACCUGAGAUUGAGAAGUUUCUAGCACUGUUCUCAAGUGACUCCACGGCUCCUCAAGCGCAACAGCUCUACGACGUCAUUGCAUUUGUCCAAAUGCUUGACAGAUACAGGUUUUACGUGGGCAUGGCCCUCUCCAGUAUCAUCUUCAUCGUCGUCCUAUGCAACUUCCUGGGCAUGAUGUUUGGGGAGUGUGGCCGGUUUAAAGGAGACAGGCCCACCGAGCGGGCAUGCCUGUCCAACUUUGGUGGGACACUGCUGCUCGCGGGCGUGGCCUUCUCCUUCAUCUUCUCCGCCUUCAUCAUGAUACUGACCACACUGUGUUUCCUACUGGGCGGCGUGUCGGAGAAAGUCGUCUGCGAGCCGAUUACGACCAGAUCCAUCUUCAAAGAGGUCAUAGACUAUCCGUACCUGAUUGACAAGACAUCGCAGUACUGGCUCAGCGAUAAUCUGUUUGGGAAAGGAAAGGACCCGCUGACUGUCGAGAGCUUGAUCAUCUCUUGUGAAAUUGACGAGGGUUUGUACAGUGCGUUGAGGCUUGGGAACAUCUACAACAUAACCGCAGCGCUGGAUUACAGAAAGUUAUACCCGGACAUUGGGACCAAACUAGACGGCAUCAAUCUGGACCUGUCGCAAGUGGUAAUUCUGGAUCCUGAGACAAAGACGGCCUUGAGAAAUUUUGUCGAUUCCGGAGUGGCCGACGUCAACUACACGAAGUAUCUGGAGGAGAUAAAAAAAGGGGUGACACAGGUGAAUCUCACACACCUUGCUGGCCGGCUGGAGGGAUAUGCAGUGGAUCCGUUGCCUUAUUCAAAUCGGACUCGAUUAAUGGAGCAUGCCACCACAUUACGGAACAUUCAGAAGGACUUUGUGGAGCCAAUGGCUAGCUAUGUGAAUUCCCUGGAGAGGAAUUUAGACGCUUUACUGGCCAAAGCCGGCGACCUGAGCCCGCUAGUCAACGAGUCUUUAACCAACAUCGAGGACACUCAAGAUUACAUACACACAACAGGACCCGAUCUUUUCCGCGUGGCUGUUCAGAGCUUUGUGGACGGUAUCAUUGACUACGUGGACCAGUACGUCCUGUAUGUCCUGACGCAGGUGAAUAACGAGGUGGGCGGUUGUAAACCUAUCGCCAAUCUGUACGACUCGUUGGAGGUUCUGGUCUGCAACAACAUGGUGUAUUCGUUUAACGGUUUCUGGCUCUGUCUGGGCUGGUGUGUGCUCCUCUUCAUUCCCAGCAUCAUCUUUGCUGUCAAGCUUUCCAAGUUCUACCGGCGGAUGCGCUUCUAUGAAGACUACUACAAUGCAAAAAGCCCAGUCUCUGGAGAGAAUCACGGCGAUGUGGUUCGGUUGAAGUCCUUGGUAAAUGGAGCGUUUCCUCUGUCCAUGCAAAUCAUUCUCAUUCCAUGUGUCACUCAUUUACAUGUAGAUGAUGAACCAAUCAUGCCAAUGCCAUACCAUAGGUGCUGCUUGCUGUAGUACAAUUUCAAAGGUUGUCUUUACUAAUCAUCUCGCAUGAGACUUGAAAUUUGCUAGGUGAUUAAACCCUCUCCUAAUACUUUAGCACAUUGUUAUUGACUUGGCUCUUCCAAGUACUGAAAAAUUGUGUAGUCAGUCAUGGGGAGAUCUCUAGACGCUGUUCAAGUCUCAAUUACGGUAGUUCAAACCUCACGUUUUUGUUCAACCUAGACUAGCUAGCUGGUUGACCUCAAUCUGCAUGUUGACCCCAGCGGGCCUGGUAAAACUUGGUUAGGCAAAUU